GGCGGAGGGUGCUGAGCUCGCCAUGUCCCUGGGCCGGGAUCCCCAUCCCGUCCCGUCCCGCCCCGUCCCUCCCAGCCCAGCCACAGACGCCUCCCUCACGUCUCCUGCCCACCCUCCAUCCUCCGACGCCACUCGGGAACCUGCCAUCGCAGCUGGACCGUCCCCACACCCUCGCCAUGAAGGGCCCCCUCCUCGGAACCAUGUUCUCCCGGCAUGUCAAGCGUCACCCCGGACUCAUUCCCCUCAUUGGCUUCAUCAGUGUGGGCCUGGGCAGCGCUGUGCUGUACCUGCUGAGGCUGGCCCUGUACAGCCCGGACGUCAGCUGGGAUCGAAAAAAUAAUCCUGAACCCUGGAAUAAGCUGAGCCCCACGGACCAGUAUAAAUUUCUGGCAGUUUCCACUGACUACAAGAGCCUUAAGAAGGACCGUCCCAGUUUCUGAGAUGCCGUGAGGAUGUGCUGCCGUGCUGGGGUGGGAGAGAACGUGGCUGCCCCCCCAGCAGUGCCGCCACAACCCCCCCUCACCCCCCCCCCCGGCUCCCACCUGCCCCACAGCUCUGCAACAGGUCACCGCACACAGAGGACUGACUGCUUCCUCAGCACCCCCCCCACUGCAAUAAACUACAUCACUGCGGGAGCGAUGUGACCGCUGCCCCCCCGGCACAGAC